GUUCGGUCACCUCUUCUCACAGUUUCAUUCGUUGAUCCCAUCUGUGAAGAUAAUCCUUGUUCAAGUGUGAUGGAUAAGGAAGAUUUGAAUCAAAACUAUCAAAUUGUUUUAUUUUCAGGUAGUCGAAGUGAAUGGCACUCAUUUGCGGCCGCCUCUAUCGUUGGUUACUUUGUGUUUGGUGACAGUAAUGGUGUUAAUAUGCAGGUGAACUUGUACCUGUUAUCGCGCAUAAUGAUUGGUUUGGCAAGGCUGAGUGUCGAAAAGAAGCUCAUUCCGGAACCAUCAUAUCGCAUUUUCCCGUGGUUCGCUGCCAUCCUUUGGGGUUUUGUCUCAUGGCUUUCCGAGUAUCAUCAAAAUGUUCUACAAGGCUCUUUACGAUCUUCUAUGAAUUAUCUGAUUCGUGAUAGUGACAACUGGACUAAUUUCUAUGAUUUUCUUAUUUGCUCAGAUAAAUAA